AUGACAUUAAACGAAAUUGACCAUAAUUCGUCACCCAAUCCACAGUUCAACAAAUCAAAUUACCACUCACAGUUGUCCAAGUCGUUGUUCCGACAUUAUAAUAGGUCGGCACAAGCGCUACAAAAGAGUGGUAGCCAAACGCCAGAUUUCGUCUAUCAAGAGCCGAAAAUAUUGAACCAGCAAGAAUUUGUCGAGUACCAUCAGGAGUCUGCGUAUGGCACAAAUGAUAAUGGAUAUUUUGUGGAUAGAGGGGCUAUUUCCGUGCCGUCGUCUAGAAUUGAAACGUUCUAUACUGAUAAGUCGAUAGAAGAAGAAGUUCAUAAUAUAAUGCAAAAUUAUGAAGUCUUGCAUAAUUACGACCAGAGUGUUGAUGUACCUCCACUGCAACAUGGGGAUGAUGGAUACCGUUUGUCUUCGAAUCAUCAGUACGAUGAAAACGUUCAACCUGUUUACCAAGAGCAAUUACAUCGAGAUUACCAAAACACAGCAACUCAGCCACAGUAUCAGAAUCAUGUGGAAUACAAUGUUAAUCAGGGUUCGCAAAAUCUACAUUUCACCAGCCAGCAUCACUACCCUCACCAGCAACCACCACAACAAUACCAUGAGCAGCUACCGGUUGACAAUCUACAUCAACAGCAAGCUGCGCAUCAUCUGCAUUCAUAUUCUAAACAAGUUCACCCUGAACAAUAUGAAAAUGUACAAUCAUCAUUUCCCCCAACAUUUAAUCAACCUUACAACUCACACCAUAUACCUUCACAAGCGACCCAGUUUAACAAUCUUCAUAAACAGUCCAAUUUCCAGUAUCCUUCUGAUGUCGCGAAAAAACCUAAUGAAGCUCAACAAUUGCCAAACUUUUCACAAGCGACUCAACUGAAUGUCCCUGCAAACAACGAUAUGGCGAAUUUCCCACAUGGACUUCCAACCACAAAGGAAACAACGUUUGAACCUAAGACUAAAGCAAAGCGAGGAAGACCAAGAAAAAAGCCAGGCUUUCAUUUAAAGUUGGAUGGAAUAAAUAAAAAGGUCAAUCUACCAAACAGACUCGUCUCCUCAUCUCAGUCUGAUUCCGGAACUGAUUAUUGGAACAGAACGCCAGGUGGUGUAAAUCAUGGUCCACUGCGACUCUCUAUGACGUUAACACGCGAAGAUUUUGAUGUGAAACGAGAUAUGCAAUUGAAUGAGGGUACUAUGUAUGAGUCAGUUCCCAGUUUCAACCUAACACCAUCUGUUGAACCACCAGCAAAGAGCUACUUUGAAUUGGACCAUACGCCAGGUAUUGACACUGUUGCAAGUGGAAGUUACUUCUCCCCCGCCGCAGGUUUCGAUGGUGGAGUAAACAAUUUCAACCAAUCCUUUGAAAUUUACCUAAAUAAGGGAAGUCAUUUUCUGAAUACUCAGUGUGAGGAGAUAGUGGACUCAAACAUUAUGGGUUUUCCAAUUCCCGAAUUUCGAGAAGAAGACGCGGGUGAAGGACAUCAGGAACCUAUAAAGGAAGAAUUCACUCCGUUAGGCUUAUCAGUUGAUCCUUAUGUGUCUCAAAACGAAUCAUCACCAGGGAAAACCUCAGGGGCUGAUGUCGACAACUAUUCACAAUCCACAUAUUCUGCAGACAUUCCACAAUUCAACAUUGAUCAAUACAUAAAUUCCGAUGAAGAUCAUGAAGUAUAUCCAACGGUGAACCAAACGCUCUCAAAUCAUAGCUCUCCCCAUAGUACAGCAUCAAUUGGAUCUGAAGUCAACAAGCAAGAGCCCAAAACCAAAUCACAUGCAGCACCUAAAAAGAAGACAAGUAAAGGAGCCCAUUGUCCCGUUUGUGACAAGUUCAUUAGUCGUGAUUUAACUCGUCAUAUGCGAAUACAUAAUGAAAUUGGUAGAUUCCAAUGUGUUUACCCUAGAGAAAUGUGUAAUCACAAGACACAAAAUUUUAAUCGACCUUAUGAUUACAAGAAACAUUUGUUGCAUCUGCAUUUCAAAUUUGACGAUGCAAGGGGUAAGACGGCUCAUACUUUAGGAGAUAAAUUACCAUUGAGUGGUGAAUGUGUGGCUUGUGGUGCAAGAUACAUUGCUAAUGAAUGGUUGAGCGAGCAUGUAUUGACUAGAAAUGAGGAGCAUAGAUGUGCAUAUGUUGAUGCUAAGGCUCUGAUUGAACAAUCUUGA